UGGCCGUCCGGGUUGCGCGCGCGCCGCUGCGGCUUUUUUUUCCCCUGGCCUCCGCGGCGCGCCCCUCCUUGCGAGGCAGCUCCUGAGCUAGCGGGCACGUAGGCUCCUCUCCGUGAGCUUCCUUUCCUUUGAGGCCAGACCGAGUGGUGGAGACGUCGUGGGUGGACGAGGCAGAACCUUAGAUCCUGGUAAACCACUGUUCUCUCCUGGUUCUACAAAUUUGGCUGUUUUUGAUUUUACACAAUCAAAUCACGGGAGAUAUACCUGUUCUUCUUAAAAGGGAAAGAAGAAACCUGUAAGUGUCCUUUAUUGUCGGCUUCCAAAGAUUACUAACUUUUAUCUGUAUCACUAAAUUUGAACUACCUUGGCUAUACUGCUACUCUUACUGCUGCUUCCAUUAUUGCCUUCUCCAGAAACCUAAGGCUUUAAAAGCCAAAGAAUAACCACCAAUAAGCGCCAUAUUAGAAGCCUUUCCACUAUGAAACUUAAGCUAAAUGUGCUCACCAUUAUAUUGCUGCCUGUCCACUUGUUAAUAACAAUAUACAGUGCCCUUAUAUUUAUUCCAUGGUAUUUUCUUACCAAUGCCAAGAAGAAAAACGCUAUGGCAAAGAGAAUAAAAGCUAAGCCCACUUCAGACAAACCUGGAAGUCCAUACCGCUCUGUCACGCACUUCGACUCACUAGCUGUCAUAGACAUCCCUGGAGCCGAUACUCUGGAUAAAUUAUUUGACCAUGCUGUAGCCAAGUUUGGAAAGAAGGACAGCCUUGGGACCAGGGAAAUCCUAAGUGAGGAAAAUGAAAUGCAGCCCAACGGAAAGGUUUUUAAGAAGUUAAUUCUCGGCAACUAUAAAUGGAUAAACUAUCUUGAAGUGAACCGCAGAGUGAAUAACUUUGGAAGUGGACUCACUGCAUUGGGACUGAAACCAAAGAGCACCAUUGCCAUUUUCUGUGAGACCAGGGCUGAGUGGAUGAUUGCAGCACAGACUUGCUUCAAGUACAACUUUCCCCUUGUGACUUUAUAUGCCACACUUGGCAAAGAAGCUGUAGUUCAUGGGUUAAAUGAAUCUGAGGCUUCCUAUCUGAUUACUAGUGUUGAGCUUCUGGAAAGCAAAUUGAAGGCGGCAUUAUUAGAUAUCAAUUGUGUCAAGCAUAUCAUUUAUGUGGAUAAUAAGACUAUCAAUAAAGCAGAGUACCCUGAAGGGUUUGAGAUUCACAGCAUGCAAUCAGUAGAAGAGUUGGGAUCCAAGCCAGAAAACUCAAGCAUUCCUCCAAAUAGACCAACACCUUCCGACAUGGCCAUUGUCAUGUAUACCAGUGGUUCUACUGGCCGACCCAAGGGAGUGAUGAUGCACCAUAGCAACUUGAUAGCUGGAAUGACAGGCCAGUGUGAAAGAAUACCUGGACUUGGACCAAAGGACACAUAUAUUGGUUAUUUACCUUUGGCUCAUGUGCUGGAAUUGACAGCAGAGAUAUCUUGCUUUACCUAUGGCUGUAGGAUUGGAUAUUCUUCUCCACUGACAUUAUCUGACCAGUCCAGCAAAAUCAAGAAAGGAAGCAAGGGUGAUUGCACUGUGCUGAAACCCACUCUUAUGGCUGCUGUUCCGGAAAUCAUGGAUAGAAUUUAUAAGAAUGUCAUGAGCAAGGUUCAAGAGAUGAAUUAUAUUCAGAAAACUCUAUUCAAAAUAGGGUAUGAUUACAAAUUAGAACAAAUCAAAAAAGGAUAUGAUGCACCUCUUUGUAAUCUGUUACUCUUUAAAAAGGUGAAGGCUCUGCUGGGAGGGAAUGUCCGAAUGAUGCUGUCUGGUGGGGCCCCACUGUCUCCUCAGACACACCGAUUCAUGAAUGUCUGCUUCUGCUGCCCCAUUGGUCAGGGUUAUGGACUGACAGAAACAUGUGGUGCUGGGACCGUUACUGAAGUUACUGACUAUACUACUGGAAGAGUUGGAGCUCCUCUUAUUUGCUGUGAAAUUAAGCUGAAAGACUGGCAGGAAGGUGGUUAUACAGUUCAUGAUAAGCCAAACCCCAGAGGUGAAAUCGUGAUUGGUGGGCAGAAUAUCUCCAUGGGAUAUUUUAAAAAUGAAGAGAAAACAGCAGAAGAUUAUUCUGUGGAUGAAAAUGGACAGAGGUGGUUUUGCACUGGUGAUAUUGGAGAAUUCCACCCUGAUGGUUGCUUACAGAUUAUAGAUCGUAAGAAAGAUCUUGUGAAGUUACAAGCCGGCGAAUAUGUAUCUCUUGGAAAAGUAGAAGCAGCACUGAAGAAUUGUCCACUGAUUGACAACAUCUGUGCUUUUGCUAAAAGUGACCAGUCCUAUGUGAUCAGUUUUGUGGUUCCUAACCAGAAGAGGUUGACCCUUUUGGCACAACAGAAAGGGGUAGAGGGAUCUUGGGUUGAUAUCUGCAAUAACCCUGCCAUGGAAGCUGAAAUACUGAGAGAAAUCCGAGAAGCUGCAAAUGCUAUGAACUUGGAGCGAUUUGAAAUUCCAAUCAAGGUUCGAUUAAGCCCAGAGCCAUGGACCCCUGAAACUGGUUUGGUAACAGAUGCCUUCAAGCUGAAAAGGAAGGAAUUGAAGAACCAUUAUCUCAAGGACAUUGAGCGAAUGUAUGGGGGCAAAUAAAAAUGUCACUCUUACUUACAUUUGGACAGGAGGUGGCCUGAAGGUUUUUCAGUUCUAGACUUUAAGCCUUUAUUGACCUGCUAGAUGCAAGGUAUAUCUUCUAAAGACAUAUGAAAACAAAACAAAAAACAACCAAAAGUGGUUAAAAUACUUGCGUCUACUUUAACUUAGUUUUGCAUAAUUCUAGUGAAGCUGAAAUUGAAAAGACAUUUCCCUUUAGCUGUAUUAAUUUUAGAGCAGAAAUUCUGUUUUUAAAAAUUUGCCUUAGAUACACUUGUUUUUAUAAAGAAAAGAUACUUCAUGCUAAAGUAAGUGAACUGGGGUUGAAGUAGAUGCAGUUGAGGAAAUUUACAGCUUCCGGUGUCUAUUGUUUUCCUAGUUCAGAAGUUUCAGUAGUAAUCAUGACAAAAUUGUGUAUUAACACUACUCAAAGCAGAAGAACCACAAGACUUUCAAAUUCUCUUCCAACCAUGCCUUGAAGGGAAAGCAUCAGUUGUAAUAUAAUCUGGAGUCAGUAUCUUAGAAGGUAUUACUUUAAGAUCAUAAUUGUCAUGUAGGUUAGACAUAGAACAUUGCAAUAUUGUCAAUAAUUACAGUGCCUGAAGUUAAGAAUUAAACAACAUACAUACCAAAAAUAUCUAGUGAGAUGUUUGAAGGGAAGCUCACCUGUUCCUUUGGGUGCCUGAGAACUAAAAUCAGCAACUGUAAUUAUCUGAAUGUCUUUAGAGGAAAGUACACUUUGUAAAAGUGACCUUUCUGUAUGUGAUCUAGUAAAAGACAGAGACUAAGAGAGAAAUGACAGAGUCCAUCAAAAUUCAACAAGAUACACUGUUUUUCUGUUAGAAAAUCCAUGGAAUCAUAAAGAUUCAGGAUUAGGACCCUGUAUAGCACUGAACCUGGGGAGGAAAGAGAGAUUUAGACUGAAUUUCUCUUUGAUAAUGGGGCUUGAUUUUAAAAUGUGCUUGUAUUAAAUUACAUUUGUAAUUUAUGGUCUGUUUGCUGUUGCCGAUUGGAUUAUUGAUCAGUGGUGUGCAUUUCAGAGAGCCUUUCAUUUGCUUUAAUUUCAGCAAAGCGGGUUAUGAUAAAUGGCUUCCUCAGAAACCUCAUUCAAACCUACGGGUGAUUAAUUGUCUUGGAUGAGCCUGGGGAAGUUGAAGGGAAGCAAACACUGUUACCACUUUCCUGUUUAUGGAGGGUUAGAGACUGGAAUUGCUAGAUUUGGGAGAAGGGCAGGGUUACUUGAUUAAGGACUGUCUGUGCAGUAACUUGGGGUGUGGGUUUCUUUUUAAAUCUUUAGUUAAAGUCUGGGAUUAUAUAUUCUUGAUAGAUAUUCGCACUUGAACCAUAGUUACUGUAAAAAGUAAAAAUUCUUAAUACUGUUAUUCUUUGCACUUUUUCGUAAUCAUUUUAUACACACACGUGUAUAUAUAUGUAUACAUAUAUAUAUAUAUAUAUGUUGCUUACAUUGUGUUGUACAGAUGUGGGCCACCACUGCAACAAACUGAAUUCUUUGCGCUCUAAAAUAUUUAUAAAGAAAUUAUUUAAUUGUUCUGUAUAUGGUGGUAAUAAAGAGAAAAAUCAUCAGGUGUCAUAAGCAACAGCGAAGGUUUUGUAAAAAGUUUCUUUUUAGUGUUCCACAAAAUCAAGUUGGAGGCAAGUUUUCCCUGAAGUUAUAUGUGAGUAUUCUCAUGCUUCCCAACUUGCCUUCGAAGUGUGAAACGACAUUAUUAUCAAGUAGACUACUGUUCAGCUUCUAUUUACUCCUGCCCCCUGGCAGUCCUUUAAGGGUUGUUUUCUUAGGCUCUCCCAAUAUGUGUUUCCAUUUGGAAUGGUGAUUUUUAAAUGUGAGUGCAUGCAUACUAUGUUACUUCAGAUACUUGCACCCUACCCACCCCAUCUCCCGAAAGCUGGAACACUGCCAACUAAUCUGUUGACUAGGUCCUUAAGAAUCACGUAAUUAACACUUAAGGUUGGGUGCUGCUAAUUAAUUCUUCAUGAAAAUCCAAACAUGUUAAGGGACCAGGGAGAUGCCACUGCCCCCCUGACUUUUCAUCAGAAAUAUACAUGUUUAUGUAAACAGAAGUAUUUUCCAUAUUCAUGGUGACUUUUUAAGUAUUUGAGCCUACAGAUUUUGAUCUCCAUUUUUAUACCUAUUUAAAUUGUUCACAAUUAUUACAUGUCAGCCAUCAAGUAAAGCUGUACUUAAUAUUGCUUAUAAGUGUAUACAUUUCUAAGUUGAACACUCAUGAUUUUUGCUUUAAUUACAUGAGAGGGUCUUAUUUCCUUACUGUUUGUACUUUUUUAUGUAGACUGAAGGUAUGAUUUUAUGAAAUACAGGGGAAUGAUUCAUAUAGUCUGAAGUGAGGGAGAGUCCUUUCUCUUUGUUCAUAGAGACUGAUUAGUAAUCUUUGCCUAUACUUUCCCGAUUGCAUAUGACAAAUGUUUCUACAGUAACAAGCUGAGAACAGGUUAAAGGUUGUAUGACAUUUGGGACCUGGAGAGUAAUAAUUUUAAUUUUGAAUGUAGUUACAAACUUUGUAUUCAUGUUUGUACUUUCUGUUAAAAUGCAUGAUUGUAGGAUUGUUGUUUAGAUUUGUUGUGUUUACUCUUGAAAAGCUUUGUUCUUAUUUUCAAGUUUGCACUUGAAUCUUAUGAAAUAAAUCCACCUGUGUUAUCAA